UAAGCAGAGAGAGCUGCAUCUUUUGAGCACAUUCAGCUUGCAGCAGUUCAAGAGGCAGGCGGGCAGAGUAGAGAGGGGGGAAGAGCAGCAGUACCUCACAGGAGGGACGAAACCACAUCUCUCGCUCCCUCAAACACACGCCCUCAGACGUCACACUUGCAUUUGUGAGGAGGCUCAGGAGGAGGAACACCACAAGCACACGCUGUUUUGCUGGCGUAGCUUUGGAGAGCUGUCUCUUGAAGACUGGACCAGAGCUGCAUCCAUCGCCUCAUCCACCCUUUUCACCUUGCUUUCCAUUCCUACACAGAAGCAGCCUUACAUCAAUAGCCCUCAGUUAUUUGGACUGAUUUACUGUCAUUCAUCUAACCUCUGAUCAGGGAGCUUCUCUCUGUAACCAUCUCUGCCUCUGUCUCUGCUCUCCUUCAGUCAGCCAGGAAAAUUCGAGGAACAUUUAGAGAGCAACUCACCAACCGCCUAAGGGACCACUUUCAACUGCAAUCAUGAACUUCCUCCGACGUCGUCUCUCUGACAGCACCUUCAUGUCCAACCUGCCCAAUGGCUACAUGACAGACCUCCAGAGGCCGGAUUCACCUGCACCUCCACCCCCUACUACCACCUCACCUUCCCAGCAGGGUGCAGCCCCUGCCACGGCACCUGUCCCUGCCCAGUCCCCAACCAAAGCCCCAGCACCAUCCCAAGUGCCAGCCAGCUCCCCUGCAGCUCAGGAGCGACGUGCAUCCCAGCCGGCUCAGCCGCCUCAACAGUCUUCUAGUGGUUCUUCUGGCUUCUUCAGCUCCUUCAGCUCCAUCACCAACGCGGUCAAACAGACGGCCGCGUCUGCCGCCGGGUUUGUGGAGCAGUCGGCUCCCUCACCAUCUCUCUCUAAGAAGUUCAAGAUCCUGUUGGUCAUUGAUGAGCCCCAGCAUGAGUGGGUCAAAGUGUUCAGGGGAAAGAAGGUCCUUGGAGACUACGACAUCAGAGUGGAGCAGGCCGAGUUCUCCGAGGUCAACCUCGUCUCACACUCAAAUGGAACCUGUAACGUGGACAUGCUGGUCAUCAGGAGUGGGACCAAAGUGGUCAGGUCUUUCAGGCCUGACUUUGUGUUGGUGCGUCAGCACGCCUUCAGCAUGACCCAGAACGAGGACUUCAGGAACCUGAUCAUCGGUCUGCAGUACGCCGGCAUCCCCUCGGUCAACUCUCUGGACUCCAUCUACAAUCUAUGUGACAAACCUUGGGCUUUUUCUCAGCUGAUCAAUAAUCAGAAGAGGCUUGGCUCAGAUAAGUUCCCUCUCAUUGAUCAGACUUUCUACCCCAACUACAAAGACAUGAUUACAACACCGAGCUUCCCAGUGGUGGUGAAGAUUGGACAUGCUCACUCUGGAAUGGGAAAGGUCAAAGUGGACAAUAUAAAUGAUUUCCAGGACAUUGCAAGUGUGGUCGCCAUCACCAAGACCUACUGCACCACAGAGCCAUUUAUAGACGCCAAGUACGACAUCAGGGUCCAGAAGAUCGGCACUGACUACAAAGCAUACAUGCGAACAUCAAUCUCCGGUAAUUGGAAGAGCAACACGGGAUCUGCCAUGUUGGAGCAAGUAGCCAUGACUGACAAGUAUAAGCUGUGGGUCGAUACCUGUUCAGAGAUCUUCGGAGGGCUGGACAUCUGUGCCAUUAAAGCCAUCUGCGGCAAGGACGGUAACGACUACGUUACUGAGGUUGUGGGUUCAUCUAUGCAGUUAAUCGGCGAUCACCAGGCCGAGGACCGCCAGCUCAUCUCUGAGGUGGUGCUCACUAAAAUGAACCAGGCACUGGUCGCCCGGUCGUCCUCGGCUUCCCGCUCGCCCGCUCGCUCUCCUCAGAGUGGGAAAGCGACCACUGUGCAGCCUCAGCAGAGUGCUGCCCUCAAGGAAGGAGUGGCAGAUCCAAACAGGACCUCAGGCCAGCGCCCUCCGUCUCAAGUGAAAUCAAAGAGCGUGGACCCGUCAUCAGAGGCGGUUAAGAAAGUGUCUGAACCUGUACCAAAGCCCGAUCAGGCCCAGAAACCUGGUCCAGGUCCAGCUCAGAAACCAGCUCAGACUCAGAAGCCCGGCCCGGUCCAAAAGUCUCAGUCAGUCACAAGACCUCCUGUGCCGAGGCCUCCCCCCAUGACAAGAGCCCCAUCUGUGGCAAAGUCCGCUCCAGAUUCUUCCUCUUUCCCAUCUCCAGCCAAAACUUCACCAUCAUCCCCAGCUAAAGUAGCAGCGGCUGUGGCAGCUCCAGGCUCUCCCUCAACCAAAUCAGCAGCAGCUGCAGCCUCCACUCCAGCCCCAGUCGCUUCCUCCACCCAAUCUCCUACAAUAGAGCAGCCCAAGCCCCAGCCUCAAGGCUCCCCGUCACCAGCUCCUGGCAAACCCAAAGAGCUGCCCCCCAAACCCACACCACCUGCAAAGCCCAUCCCACCUGUGCGCAGGAAUUCAAAGCCUCACAUCCAGCCAAAGCCACAAACCCCGCCUCCUCCCAAAGCUUCACCCAAACCCCAGCCAGAUCCCCAAGCAGCCACUCAGGCCUCAGACGCUGCCUCAGCCUCUUCCUCAGCACAAGUUCAGUCCCCACCUCACGCCCAGUCUCCAGCUAAGGCUCAGCUCCAGGCCAAGAACCCCGAGUCUGACGCAGCUGAAGCAGCUGCCGCUCCCGCUGAGGUCCCUGCUGAGGCCCCUGCUGAGGCCCCCGCUGCUGUGGAAGAACAGCCAGCUUCAGGGCAAAAGACCCAUCCUCUGCUGAAUAAGUCCCAGUCCCUGACCAAUGCCUUCAACGCUUUCAGCGACUCCUCUUUCUUCCGCGGGGUCUCGAGCUCUGCAGGCGACGGCCAAGACGAGGCAAAGGCAGAGACCAUUCGCAAUCUCCGAAAGUCCUUCGCCAGCCUUUUCUCUGACUAGAUACAGCCCGAAGCCAUAGUCAGGCCCUCUUUGAUUAAUCCUGGCCCCUGUUUCGUCUUCGGCCAGCCACUCGAUUGACAUUAAAUGUGAACCGGUCUGAGAUUAAAAAUGUGUGUGUUAACUGUACUGUAUUCCCCCCUCCGUCCGAGUCCCUCUGCUCCUCCACCUUCGGCGUCUCUGUGUGAGUAACAGUGAGGCCUGCCGGGUGGGAUGUUCAGCAAUUGAUCCUGUGCCAGAGCAAAUGGACCCAAGGAGUUACGUCAUUGAAAUAGAAUAGAAACAGAUUGACUGGAGUAUAAAAGGAAUAAAAAUCUUUAUUUUUCCCAGAGCAAACCCUAUAAAAAAACACACUAACAGUAUAUUAUUCAUGACUACAAAUGGAAUGUACAUACAACAUAUAUAUAUAGAUAUAUAUAUAUAGAUAUAUAUAUUAUACAGUAAAUGAAUAUCAACACAUAAAUCUAGUUGCACUUUUCACACCUGUCAGUGGCAUAACUCUUUCACUCAGUGGCUGGAUUUAUCCACAUUUAAAAAUAAAAUAAUAUAAUAUAUUCACAUUAUUUGAUGGGUUUUCCCAUCAGGUGAAAACGUUUGACUACUCGUGUAAAUCCAGCCACUGUGUCUCUGGUCCUUGGUUACUGCUCGUCACUGCUGUCCCCCCCCACUCCCCUUUAUUUUGUGUCCAAAGUUAAUUGUCGUCUGUGGGAGUUGGAAAUAAUGUGUGUGUGUGUGUGUGUGUGUGUGUACAUCUGUGCUCAGUUGUUAUGCAUGGCUCCUCCAAGUGGCUCGGUGUGACUUUUGGAGACGAAAGGAGCUCUAUCAGUGUUUGAGUUUUACCCUCCGUUGCCUCUCUCUAUCUAUCUCUCUCCCUCUCUCUCUCUCUCUCUCUAGAUGUUGUAGCCUUAUUGUGAGCUAUUCACAGCUUCGCUUGUUAGUUGUGCAGACCUGAGUCCAUUACAGCUUGGAAUUCCUUCAUUUACAACAACAGUUUUCAAGAUCAAUUUGUAGGUAGAUUCUGGAGCGUUCAGGACUCUGGGGAUGUCUCGUAACAUUUUAGACCAGGGGGGUGUCAAACUGAAAUGACCUGGGGGUCAAUGAGCUUCUAGACUGGUCUAGAGGGGGCGGGUCUAGGAAAAGAAAUCGAGCGGCAAUAUUUCCUCGGUUAAGAUAUUCAUGGUGAUAUUUCACAGAAUUCCAAAGUAAAAGUGCUUGUUUUGACAUGGAAUGAUCUAUACUUCACAAUAAAAGCAUAUUGAUGACAGCAAAAUAAAUCCAUUACUGGCAAAAACGGAGAAGUAAAUCUAAAAAAUGAAGUAAAUAAUAAUGCUGACAACUAUAAUCAAAACACCUACCAAGCUUUUAUGUAUGUAUAUAUAUAUACAUGUAUAUGUAAUUUAAUGUUGAAUGUAACACAUUACAUGUUAGUAUUAUAAAAAUACAAGUAAGAGGAGAUCGGGGACCACGUUUUCUUUAUAAUGUGAGAUUAAGUUGUAAUCGAUUUGGGGAGGGGGGGGGCCUGCAUGUGGCCCAUGGGCCGCCAGUUUGACACCUUUGUUUUAGACUGACUGAAUAAAUCAACCCUCGCAGGUAAAUGAAUGCGUUCCAAUCCGUUGCUCAGCGUCUGUUGCUGUAACUGGUGAUUUCCUGUUUCACCUCUGUGUGUAGAUUUAUCAACAGUAUUGUACUUUGUUGGUUAUUCUCAUGAAAAAGACACUCGAGACGAGUCUGUCACGACUGUCGGACACUGUCGACGUGCUAUAAAUAAUAGAUAUGAUCAUACAUACAAUACAGGACCUGUGUAUCCGUUUGGUUCCUUAACACUUACUCUACAUUCCCACGUAAGAUUCCGUUCAGUGGCGACUCUCCAGGUUGUUGUUUACUGCACUUAGAUGCCGGGUUUUAGAUUUAUAUAUGCUGUAUUUUAAAAGUGUUUGGUUUUGGAUUGCAGGAUUACAGAAUUCAGAGCAACCUGGAAUAAAUUUACCCGGUCAUUCUUUGUUACGUUGCCACCUUUCAGUUUCAUAUGUGUCGAAAAAAUUUAAAUAUAUAUAUAUAUAUAUAUAUGAACGGUAUACCAGCCUCUCCGCUUCAUCAUCGUUAAGUACUAAUGUUGCUAGUAAACUAUAACACAUUGUAUUUGUAUGUAUGAACGUGUCAUCUCAGGAGUUUAUUUUUUGUAAUAUAUUGACUGAUUUAUUUUUUCGAGGUUCCAUAUUUAUGGUAGAGUAUAUUCUUUGUUUUGUAUUGUGUUUUUAAUCGUAAUGCAAUACGGCUUUGCAUGAUCUGGUGACUGAUGAUGAUGGUGUUCUUUUUUCUGUACAGAUUAAAGUGAAUAAAGAUGUGGUUCCAUCGUG